UGCCAUGAAGGCAGGCAUGACUUUCGUGAUGUGAACCUCGACUACACAUAAUGCCGAAAGCAUUUUCAGCGUGUGCUAGUUGUUUUUAUGAAACAAUAAAGCCCAGUGCGUGGAGUUUAAGCCUUUAUUUGUAUGCAGUGCGACCUAUGAAAGAUUUGAUUUUCUCGACAAACUAAACUUUAAACUGUGUAUAUUGUGUUGCAAGUAUGUUCUCAACAAGGAUUGUGAUUUCUAACACCCCCUACCAUACCUCUCAUUCAAAGGAAAAAGUGAACAGAAUUGUUUGAAGAGACCAACUUCAGGACAGUGCUCACAAUCUAAGAGAAUUUGGAAUAAAAACAUAUUUUAUUCUCUUCUAAUUUAUGGAAGCAUACUUUGGACUGGAUAUUGGCAGAUAUAAUUUUCAUCAGAUUGAAGAGAAAUAGACCCAUAUUAGUACAUUUACUGGACCAUAGCGCGCUGGACAAAGCAGGACGAUACAGUGUGUUGGAUCUUUGAGAAAGAUUCCAGUUCUAUGCAGCAAUGGGAUGCGGUGUUUCUUCAGCAAGAAAGGACACGUCCUUCGCAAGCGUUGGGCCGUCCAGCAGCAGGAGUUAUGCAGGCUUGAGCUUUAGCAGUAACAAUACGUAUAAGCGGUCUUACCCCACCGAACGGAACCGCAACUUUCCUGAUGGCGACGCCAACAAAGGUGCCUUGAAAAAGCAGCUCAAGCAGCAGAUGAUGGCCGCCAUGAAGAAGGGUGACUUGCAGAAGCUGGAGGAAGCUCUAAAGAGGUGCGAACGCCACGCAGUGACACCCGACGAAGACUACUACAAGGCCAUACGGAAAGUGGAAUACCUACGCAUCAAACAAGGACUGAGGGAGGCUGUGCGCCGGAGGCACGUGGGAACGCUGGAGAAAGCACUGCGACUGGCCCGUGCCUCGCCGUUCGCGCUGCAGCUGGCCUCGGCCAUUACAGCUGCCGACAAGCUGCACUCGCAUCUGAUGCAGCUGCCAGUGCACCGCCACAGCAUCCUGGAGAUGGAGCCCGCUACAGUGUCGGAGAUCAGGAGCUUUAAGUCGCCGCCUUUGUGUGUUGUAACUGUCAUGGCCGCCGUGCACAGACUGCUUGGAUACAAGAAAAGGGAGGUAGUGUUUUGGACUCAAAUUAAGACGUUGAUGGCACAGACCUACACCAACAGCCUCCUAUACAGAAUUAAGACCUUUGACCCCAGCACGCCGAGCUUAAAUACGUUGGAAGACGUGAGUACCAUGCUGAAGUCGGUCAGCUACGAUGAAGUCUUGAUGGCCAGCAACGGCGCGGCACGCUUUUAUAUAUGGGCCAGCAACACUUUAGAAAACGUGACGCAGGAGCUAAGCAAAGGAUCGAGAAAGCGAAAGAAAGGGAACUGACGACACGACCACGCCAGGUUCGGUUCCCAGAAAGGUCCUGCAUAAAAUAAAAUCAUCUUGUUCUGUUUGAAGCUAAUUUGAAAGACUCCACACACACACAAAAUAAGAGAAUGAUCAGGACUUUGAGGCUAACAUGUCUCUUGCUCAUUCAAGGAAAAGUUGCGAAUUGCAAAGAACAUUGAACGAUUAAAGACAAAGAAGUACAUUUAAUUUUGAUUAAAUUCAUUCAGCAGCAAAGGUCAUAUACACUUGUUAAAAGAGGGGAAAAAUAAACAAAAUAUCCCAAAAUCUCAAGAUGUGGAUGUUUCGCGAGAGCGCCCGCACGCACUAAGUUUUUAGAUAAAAGGGAAAUAAUCAUACUUGUUGUGUGACUGGUAAAUAUGAGUAUUCUUCUUAAAAUAGAGCCUAAUUUCAUUUAAAAAUCUAAAUCAAUAAUAUAUAUGAGAUAUUGCAAUAUUUUAAUAAAAUUCCAAACGCAAGAAAAAUUUAAGUUGCUCUUUAUUAUUUUUUUUUUUAAAUGAAGGUAAGCCAUACAAUAUAGUUGACGAAAAAGUACACCUUCA